AUGGGAAAACUACCAGUAAUUGAGUUGUUCUUACUCUCACUUUGCGACUUAGUAAUCUCAGUUUCCGCUGGGAGCAGUGAUGGCCACUUGGUUACUUGCUUGGCCUCUGAUCGUGAUGCUCUCGUGGACUUCAAAACUGGGAUUCAUGAUCCAAAUAAUGUGCUAUCUUCAUGGAGGGGCAGUAACUGUUGUGAAUGGCAUGGAAUAGAGUGCGACAACAGUACAAAAGCAGUUGUUGCAGUUGAUCUCCACAAUCCGUAUGGGUUUGGAUAUUCAUCUUAUAAAAGUUAUGCGUUCUGGAGCUUGAGCGGUAAGAUAAGACCAUCUUUGAUGAAGCUCAAGUCAUUAAGGCUUUUAGACUUGAGUUUUAAUGAAUUUGAUGGCAUUUCAAUACCUGAAUUCUUUGGUUCAUUGGAGAAUUUGCAGUAUUUGAACUUGUCAAAUGCUGGUUUUAGUGGCCUCAUUCCUGCACAUUUGGGAAACUUAUCUCACUUGAAAGUUCUUGAUCUUGAUAAGAGUGUCGACUUAUCGAAUGAAUUGUAUGCUGAUAAUUUCCAAUGGAUAAUUGGCCUCGUCUCUUUAGAACACCUUGUUAUGAAUCAGGUUAACCUUUCGUUGGUGAAAGACUGGGCUGGUGCAUUAAAUCAACUUCCUUCUAUCGUUGAAUUGCAUCUAUCUGGUUGUUACUUGUCUGGUUAUAUUCCAUCAGUGCCUUCUUUGAAUUUUUCUUCACUUGUUGUCAUGGAUCUUAGCUUUAACAACUUCUAUUCAAAGAUACCCGAUUGGCUUGUAAAUAUAAGUAGCUUGCAACAUAUUGAUAUGACAGAAAGUAACCUGCAUGGAAGAAUACCGCUUGGUCUAGGAGAAAUGCCAAAUUUAUUGUCGUUGGAUUUAAGUCAGAAUUAUGAUCUUACAGCAAACUGUUCCCAACUCUUUCAAAAAAGAUGGGAAAAGAUACAAGUUAUUAAUUUUAGAGAAAACAUGGUGUAUGGAAAACUUCCCUUGUCUUUGGGAGACAUGACUUCUCUCACUAGACUUGAUCUUGAUUCUAAUGCUAUUGAGGGUGGUAUUCCCAGCUCUACUGGAAAACUUUGCAACUUGAAUAGUUUUUCUUUAUCGAGGAAUAAUAUGACAGAAAAUCUACCUGAAAUUCUUGAAGGAACACAAACUUGCCCUUUUAAGAAACCUCUACAUGAUUUGCAAUAUUUUGUUUUGGGCAUCAAUAAAUUGAGCGGUAAAAUCCCAUAUUGGAUAGGUCAACUAGAAAAUAUAGUUAGUCUUGACCUUAGUGAUAAUUUGUUUCAAGGACAUAUCCCUACUUCUUUCGGAUCGUUGCGAAAUCUUGUUAUCUUGAAUCUUCAAAAGAAUAAACUUGAUGGGACUCUCCCAGAAAGUUUAGGACAACUUUCUUUCCUAUCAGAACUUGAUAUUUCUUCUAAUCAAUUGGGAGGCAUAAUAUCUCAAAUUCAUUUUUCAAAGUUGAUCAAUCUGACAUACUUAGACUUAUCCUCCAAUUUAUUCAUUGUGAACAUCAGCUCCAAUUGGAUGCCUCCAUUCCAAGUUAAAGCACUUAUAAUGAAGUCAUGCAUUUUGGGACCUUCAUUUCCAUCUUGGCUCCGGUCACAAAAAGGGAUAAACAUUUUGGACCUUUCAAAUGCUAGCAUUUCAGAUUCUAUACCAAAUUGGUUUUGGAUGAGAAUGACUUAUUUUAGUUUCUUAUCUCUUUCCCAAAAUCAAUUUUCUGGACAAAUACCAAAGUCUAUAUGGGAGAAGUGUGAUUCUCUUUUGACCAUUGAUCUUUCAAGCAACAACUUCAUGGGAAGGAUCCCUUCAAGCCUUAGAAAUUGUUCUAUGUUGGAAAAACUAGACCUCAGCAACAACAACUUGUCUGGGGCUAUUCCAAAUUCCUUAGGUCAAUUGCAACGGCUCAGAUUAUUGCACCUAAGUGACAACCGGCUCUCGGGAAAUUUACCACCAUCGUUCAUGAACUUAUCCUCUUUGCAGACCUUGGACCUUGGUAACAAUGAACUUUUUGGUGGAAUUCCUUCUUGGAUUGGAGACGGAUUUGGCAAUCUUGCAAUUCUUGACUUAAGAUCCAAUGCAUUCUUUGGAGAAAUACCUCAUGAGCUCUCAAAACUAAGUUCAUUGCAAGUCCUAGAUCUUGGGGAGAAUGACUUGAGCGGUAAAAUUCCAGCCAGCUUUGGUGAUCUUAAAGCAUUGACCCCAAGGAAAAGAGGUUUAAUGGAGGCAGAUGUACAACCGAUCGAUACGAGCAAUAUACCAUCAGGUGGGUUAAUAUGGUCAAAUCAUGAUGGAGGGAAAUAUCAAGAUAGGUUGGUUGUGAAUGCAAAAGGGCAGUCAUUGACCUACACCACCACUCUUUAUCUUGUCACCAGUAUAGAUCUUUCUGGAAACAACUUGUCUGGAAGAAUUCCCCAUGAAUUGACAAAACUAUCUGGUCUAACCUAUUUGAACCUAUCAGGAAAUCACCUAAUCGGCAGCAUUCCAGAAAGCAUAUCAAAUAUGAUUCAGCUAUCAUCCCUUGAUCUCUCAAGUAAUCAACUCACUGGGUCUAUUCCUCAAAACUUGUCUUCCUUAUCAUUUUUGGGCUACUUGAAUUUGUCCUUCAACAACCUUUCAGGUCCCAUCCCUUACACAGGUCACACAACAACUUUUGAAGCAUCUUCAUUUGUUGGGAACCCUGAUCUCUAUGGUUGUCCCCUUCCCGUGAGGUGCCUACGUAAUGGUUAUGGUCAUGUUAAUGGUUCUAACAGGGCAGCAGGCAAUGAUGAAGGAGAUGAUUCUGAUGGGCUCAUUGAUAAGUGGUUUUACUUGAGUGUUGGAUUGGGAUUUGCUACCGGGCUUUUAGUACCUUUUCUCAUAUUAGCGAUGAAGAGAUCUUGGAGUGAUGCUUACUUUGAUUUUGUGGAAGCGGUCAUUGUAAAAUUUUUUGUGUUGAUGCGUAGAACAAGAAUCAAUCAUGGCAGCAAAAUGAAGCCCCGUCACAGACGAUAA